GUGAUUCACACGCUCCUUGUGUGACGUCAGUAAGGGUUUUUAAAGAUUAGUUUUUCCAUAGGGCUCAACAAGCCAUGGACAAUUUGGGGUUAUUGCGGGUUCAGUUGUCCAUAACAGUGUUAUUAUCAUGUAUGUUUUCAUUGUCCCAUGGCAGUGAAAUGAAUUUUGUAACGUGCGGGUCGGUGGUGAAGCUGCUCAAUGUGAAACACAACGUCAGAUUACACUCUCAUGAUGUUCGCUAUGGAUCCGGUAGUGGGCAGCAGUCAGUGACCGGUGUGACCGCAGUGGAGGACAGUAACAGUUACUGGAGUGUGCGGGGGACCAGUGAUGCUUCAUGUCAUCGAGGGACUCCGGUACUGUGCGGACAGAACAUCCGACUGACCCAUGUGAACACGGGCCGCAAUCUACACAGCCACUACUUUACUUCCCCUCUUUCUUCAAAUCAGGAGGUCAGUGCCUUUGGUGAGAACGGCGAGGGCGACCAUCUGGACGAGUGGACCGUUCUGUGCUCAGGCUCAGUGUGGCAGCGGGACGAGUCCGUUCGCUUCCGUCACACGGCCACUGAGGCUCUGCUGUCUGUGACGGGCGAGCAGUACGGCAGACCCAUCCACGGCCAGAGAGAAGUGCACGGCAUGACGAUCAGCAGCUCGCACAGCUACUGGAGAACAAUGGAGGGCGUCUUCAUGAAACCCAGUGAGACUGGAUCCAGGGAUUUCAGCAGUCCAUUACACACUGAGUUUUAGAGAAACCUGAUGAACUCUUAAUUUUAUAGAGUUCUGUUCUUUCUUUACCAACUGGCCCAGAAAACGAGCCUUGAGCUGUUAUGAAAAACAGUUUGAUAAAUCAAAUUGUGCCUCAUGUUCAUUUUUAACUCUUGAAACAUAUGAUUUUAUAUUGCGCCGCAUACACUACCGUUCAAAGGUUUUGGGUCAGUAAGUUUUCAGCAAGGACACAUUGUAUGAUUUCUAUUUCAAAUUAAAAUUCAUCAAAGAAUCCUUAAAAAAUGUAUCACGUUUCCACAAAAAAUAUUAAGUUGCACAACUGUUUUCUUGAGCAGCAAAUAAUUAUACCAGAAUGAUUUCUUAAGGACACUGGAGGACUGAGGCUGAAAAUUCAGCUCUAUAAUCACAGGAAUAAAUUACAUUUUAAAAUAGAAAACAGUUAUUUAAAAUUGUAAAAAUAUUUCACAAUAUUGUGUUUUUUUUUACUGUUUUUAUGUGAAAAAAAACAAAACAACCUUGAUGAGCAUAAAAGACUUUCAAAAAUAUAAAUCUUACUGACCCGAAACUUUUGAAAGGUAGUAUAUAAUAAGGUAAACGGAAAUUUUGGAAGGCAGAAAGAAAACACUUUUAUCUUUUUAAACAAAUGUUCCGAAUUAAUUCCACAAUUUUACAGAUUUCAUGAUUAUAAGGCAAAAUUUCAAUUAACCGAGUUUCAACACAAGUCUUAUCUUGUGGCAUGAAUGUUUUGAGAAUAUUUAACGGCCGUUAAUAUAUAUAAAUCAUGGCCAUCUUACAAGUAAAAAAAAAAAAUAUAUAUAUAUAUAUAAAAAAAAAAAAAGAACAGCAAAUUAAGUCAUAAAAUUCACCCACAACUGUUCUCAAACUCAAAAAAAAAAAAGUCAAGUAUAAAUGAAUUGCACACCAAACAAACUUGAAUUGCUUGAUGCUGACCUCAGUGUGAAAACACUACAGCAGCAGUGCUACAUUAUAUUGCAACAGUAUUAACAUUAAUCUUAUUGAGAGACUUGUGCUGUGUAAUGAUGUUUUAGGCUAUUUUUCUAAAGGAAGCCAUGAGUCAUUUAUGAUAAAAGCUCCAGUACAGCCAUUAGUAUCAUACUUGCACACCUGAAUAUUACACUAGUAACACUCUGGUAAAGCAAGUAUCUUUCGCCAAAUAAGGCAAUUUCCUAAGUAUACAUUAAGUAGGUAACAUCAUUUUUAAAGUGCCACUAAAAUCAUUCAUUUCAUUUUCUAAUGUAUAUUUGAAAUUAAAGCAAGUGCCUUUUUACUCGUAUUCAAUUACUUUGAUUACAUAGAAUGCUGUAAAAUUUAAGUUACAAUUUAAACAAUUGAUAAAAGCAGAUUUCUUGAGAAUGUUAACUUGAGGUGAUCUGUAAACAUUUUUCUGUUUACAUGUUUGGGGUCACACAUGUAUAACGGAGAAUAACUGAGUACACAUUUUGAAGUAUUCCUCAAACAGACUCUAGAGUUUAUUACCUCAGACUAUCACAUUCUACUUCAGGCCUUGGAAAACAGUAUUUUUGUUUAAAUAUGUUAGUAAUAUGCUUUGAUGGUUGUGUAGAUUCUUUAAAUUAAAGAAAUCAAGACUGGCGUAUUCAUUUAUGCUCCUUCUUUUAUCAUAUUUAGAUAUGCACAGCUUGAGAAGAGAAGUGCAGAAAAAAAAAAUAGCAUGUCAUUUAUUUUAGUCUUAUUUGUAGAAAAUCCAAUUGUGCCUCCUACUGGCCCAAACAAUAAUAACAAAAAGUGAUGGUUAUGAUGAGAACAAUUAUUGGAUGCAAAGAUAUGUUUAUUGUCAUGUUCAAUAAAUAAUUUUCUUUUAUUCA